GCUUGCUUGGCCCUCGGACUCUUCUUCCAGGGCGGAGAUCAAGGGGCAAACUCAAAACCCCUCACGUUCACUAAUCGUUCUCGACCAUAGUCGUCCGAGAUCAGAGAUCAAAGCACUUUGCUAUUGUACCUAUUCUUUCCGACGAGGUUUUCAGCUCUUUCUCGUCAGUCCUCGUCAUUGUCACCACCACCGCUGCCAGGGCAGCAGGGGCUUCAUCAGCACCCACCAUUAUGCCAAAGGCAUUCGUAUUUCAAGGCGCUGCAUAACGAUAGUCUAGAAUUUGACUUUUCUCAGACCAGAUUGACUUCACAACGAGGUGUCAGGGCAGCAUCAUCCAUCCACAACCCCAGUCACUGCGCUUUUCCAUGAACAACGCGCUUCUUGCCCCUUCGGUGCUGCCGCGCUACAGCCGGGAUGAGACGAUGUCACUGGGCCAUCAAUGACGGUCGUAUUACAAGGCUCCCGCCAUUUGAAAGCAGGGGAACAGUGGCUGUCAUCGCCAUCGCUCUCACUACCGUACUUACAGUACACAUGUUCAGGGACUAAGAGGGCACGGACUGGCACGCCCCAGCCAUGUGUACAUACGCAUAGGUACGUACUGUGUGCGGCGCUGCUUUGCUGUUCUCAGUCGACGGGAAACGCGGGCUUAAAAUCCGAAUGGUUUGUAUCGUACCUGUUCCUCCCGGUGUUAGCUAGUCAUUCCAUCAGCCGAGCUAGAACUUUGACAGGGCUUCUCGAGUUGCCUCGACGGUCGCCAGACCCACUCUGAUGGACAGAUGUGGCACUUAGCCGUCUGCUGCCGAUUCGACAAGCGCCGACGAUUGACAACUAGGCCUCAACACUAUCUCUGGAGCACUGGCGGUCCUGGAAGGCCCGGCCGAUCACCAAGAUCGACAAAAAGCACCUAGCUAGGGGCAGCCCUAAAUUGGCUUAGACUCUACGCCAUUCAGGUUUCCACACUUCCAAUCAGGUGGUGGCGUUGAGUCCAACGAGGCCAACCCUGAGCAACGGUUCUGGCAACUCCGGUACUCAGAGACACAAAAUCAAGUCCAGGUGUCGCAGCCCUGAAACGAAAGGCAUUGGCGACAAUAGCCUUUGACGGUUGACCACAGCGUUGAACGCACAGAUCCUGUUUCGCAUGGACUUUUCUCACUGGGAAUUCUUAUUGAUGGUUCCUUAUCUCCCGCUCCUGAGUUAUCCUCUGAGUUUUACAACCAGGCACUCGUUGAGCAUACGCUCCGCUGAUCAACGUCGUAGCCCGGGGUCUCGGGGAUUAACUUGGCAGGGGACAAAAUGGCGAUGUGGAUUACCGCAUCGCCCUUCUUAUAUCAGCCCUGCCAGUACGGAGUACCAUCUAAAAUGAUAGUAGCUAUCAAUGUUCUGCCUACGCAUCUUUACACAAGCCUCAAUGACUAGACCCCAGGAGUAUGAGCGGUUAGCCGCAUAGGUGUCUGCAUGAUCAAGCACCCGCGUCAACUGCUUGAACCCAUUAAAUGUGGCUUUGUUAGAAGAAACCGCUUAAAUUGCACAAACUGUGAUGAACGGGCACGCACGAGCCAGUGAAGAAAGUCAAUUCGUCUCCCUGGAAUGGCGAAA